CCUACAAAAACCAUGAGGUAAAGACUCAGACAGAGCAGCUGGUCAUGCUUUCUGAACCACCAGGACUCCAGCAGGAUUCAGAUUCAGUAGUGCCUGCCUGAACUUCUAGGCCAAGCUAGUUUCAGGAGGAGAAGCUGGUCUAUCAGUGUGGGAGUCUGGAGUUCUGACCUGAGGAGCGGACACUCUAAAAGUCAGGAUGAAGAGGGGGAACCAGAGUGGACUAACAGGCCUGCAGAAUCCUGGAUUGGAGCUGGAGAUGACUGAGAGCACCAACACAACCCAGGUCUCAGGGAGUCCUCUGGUAGUCGGGUCUCUUCAAAGGUCCAAGUCCAGGAUGGCAGAAGCAGUCAGAUCUGCAGCUUGGUGGACUUUGUACACCUGCAGCCGCUGGAAGCAGAGAAGAAGAAAACUAGAAGGUGUUCAGUUGGAGACACGGUACAGAGGUCUGGCUGAGGACGAUGAAGGUGAUAAGGAGCAGAGGGAUGAAACUGACACAAGUAAAAACCAGCAACUGAAUAGAAAACUUCUUAAUCACUUCAGACAGCUGGCUGCUUCUAACUACGACACUGACCAGGUUGACCUUCAGUUUCUGGAUGAAGUGAUUUCUGACGGGGCUGAUCCAAACAGCUGUGACCGAUAUGGACAGACCAUCAUGCACGAGAUUUCCAGGGCAUGGAGUGUGGAUGUAUUGCGAUUCUUCUUAGACCGGGGCGCAGACCUCCUCCGACCAGAUCAGUUUGGAGUCACAGCACUUCAUGUGGCCUCGGCGCUGGACUAUCAGGACAUGGUUCAGUUCCUGCUAGACCAUAACGCUGACCCAGAGGCCCGGACUCUUCUGGACCAGCAGACUCCUCUUCACUAUGCUGCCAAGAAUGAUGCUGCAGGUUCAAUCAGACUGCUGCUGCAGGCUGGAGCCUCCAUCAGCUGCAUCGACUGCAAACACAGAACUCCACUGCAGCUUGCUGCCAACCUUGAGCGCAGUGAAGCAGCUCGGGUGCUGUUGGAGCUUGGAGCGGAGGCUGGGAUGAUAGACUCUGACGGACAGCUCUGCAUAACUGCUCUGACCAGUCGGAUGAGCCCUGUGGCCCUGCUGGCACUCAGCCAGUUCCAUGUGAGCGACAGAUUAACCAGACAGCAGUUCUACUACCUAAACCUGCUGGAACCAGAAACAACCAAGGCACCCCAACAAGAAGCCGUCAUCAGUGAGCCAACAUCUCCACUGGAGGUGGUGGUGCACCAGGGGAAACUAGACCUCAUCAUGCAUCCAGUCUUCCUUAAACUGAUACAGAUCAAAUGGAAACUAUACGGCAGACUGGGGGCUUGGCUUCUCCUUAUCCUCAAUAUCCUAUUCAAUGUCUCCUGGACGACUGUGGCUAUCUCUGUGUCUGUCCACAGAGACUCACCCGAUCGCUACACCCUCCCUGAGGACUGGUGGCGGGUCUUCUCUGUGGUCCUGGCACUCGUGUUGACUCUGGAGGAGGUGCUAAGGGAGGUGCAGGACAUCCUGUGCUCAAGAAAGAGGAUGCACCUCUGGCGUCAGUGGGCUGAGCGCCGUCUCCAUGAUGACCUGCAAUGCUCACAUCCUAUGUGGCCUCAGGACAGAGUUUUCCUCUCAGCUCAGAACCAAAGGAUUUACAGAAUGAGAGGAAACUACCGUCAUGACCUCUGGAAUGUGUUUGAUUGGGUGGUGUACUCUCUGCUUACAGUGUCGUUUAGCAUCCACAUGGUCGACGUGUUUCGACCGUCUGUCACUCUUCAUACCCUCAGCCUGCGUCUGUUCUCUGUCAGCAUCAUAUUUCUGUGGCUGCGGCUGAUGAAGCAUGUCAGAGCCUUUAGGUUAAUGGGUCCAUUCAUUGUCAUGUUGGGAAACAUUGUCGGGGAUGUGAUGUGUUUCCUGUUCCUCUACGCUGAGAUCUUCAUUCCCUACGCAUGCAGCUUCUGGAUCAUAUUUGGAGGCUCCUCAUCAGUUCCCAGCAUGCAAUCUGUCUCAGGCUUGCUGUUUAGUCUAUACCGUAUCACUCUGGUGGAUGAGUACGAGUACACUGCAAUGAAUGAAGUGGACAACGUCAUGGCUCCUCUUCUGUGUGGGACCUUUUUGGCUGCUUCCUCCAUUCUCUGUGUGAACAUGCUGGUGGCCUUGCUGACUGACACCUUCCAGAGGGUGCAUGAUAACUCGAAGGCAAAUGCUGUGAUGCAGCAAGCCGCAGUCAUCCUGCAGGUAGAGGAGUCCAUGCCCUUCCUCCGCCGUUUCUAUGACAACCAGUACAUCGCGAACCACUGUGCACCACUGGCCGAGGCCUACGACGAUGAAUUUACAACAAACCCCCAUUACCAUGAUGAGAUGGGCCACAUCACAGCCCAGAUUAAAAAUACACUGGAUCAGUUUCUUGAUCUGCAGAAAGACAAGGACCCAGUAGGAGGCCCUGGCAGCAAUGUCCAGAAAGACCAGAACCUGGACCAGAACCUAGACAAUCAGGAGCUGGGGGACCAUAACCUACAUAACCAGGAGCUUGAAGACAAGAACCGACACAAAAAAGAACCACAGGAACAGGACCUGCACAACCAGGAGCUUCAGGCUAUAAAAGAAGAACUAAAGCAGCUCCGGACUCUGGUCCAGCAGCUGGUUCAGACCAGGUCUGACUGUCAAAGGUUCUGAAUCUGAGGAGAUAAACCUAACUGAUCUGUCCAGAUCAUCCAGGACCAGACUAGAACACAAUAAGAAAGCAGUCCUCCUCGGAUUUUAUAUAAUAAUUGAAUAAAAAGGAGUGAAUUUGUAAAAGUGA